UUUGGGGGCGCUUGGGGCGCACAAUCUGGGGCAGGCGGAACCUUAGUCCUUAGUCCCGCGUUUCCCGCGACUCCGCUCUCACCGCUACACUACCACACAGACGGCCUCCUUCCUUCACCCCCGGGGGCCCAUCCCGGUGGCGGGCUCCGGAGUUCGCUGCUAAUUUCAGCGAAACGAUUAAAAGACGCCCCUACAGCUGACGGCACUUUCUCUCCUCCGGCAGGGAAGGACGUCCAGCGUAGCGUCGCCCACGCUUCCCCGCCGGCGCAGAGCAGGCCUCACAGAAGCGCACGCCGCCGGCACGCACGCCGCCCCGCCCCCAGGGCCCAGCGCCAACCGCGCCCCGCGCUCGCCUGCAUCCCCGCUUCACUGGCCCUCGACCCCCGUUCCGUUGGAGGGGCCUGAGGCGAGCCUGAGCGCGCUGUUGGCCGGAGGGAAACCGGAGGAGACCGGGUCGGCUGGGCAGAGCGGCAGAGGGUCGAGGAGCCUGCUCUGCACGCCCAGGGAGUAGAAGUGGGCAGGGAGCAGGGUUACGUGAGGGAGCGCGCCGCGACUGAGCUUGGGUCCGACUGGAGCUCAGGCUUGGGACCUAGACUGGUGGGCCAGGCCUCCAAGCCGGCCUUACACCCCAUCCAAGGAGGACAGACCGGACACAGAGGGACGGAGCGAGCAAGGAGACAUGGCUUCAUCAUUCCUGCCCGCGGGGGCCACCACCGGCGACAGCGGUGGAGAGCUGAGCUCAGGGGACGACUCCGGGGAGGUGGAGUUCCCCCAUAGCCCUGAGAUCGAGGAGACCAGUUGCCUGGCCGAGCUGUUUGAGAAGGCUGCCGCGCACCUGCAAGGCCUGAUUCAGGUGGCCAGCAGGGAGCAGCUCUUGUACCUGUAUGCCAGGUACAAACAGGUCAAAGUUGGAAAUUGUAAUACUCCUAAACCAAGCUUCUUUGAUUUUGAAGGAAAGCAAAAAUGGGAAGCGUGGAAAGCACUUGGUGAUUCAAGCCCCAGCCAAGCAAUGCAGGAAUAUAUCGCAGUAGUUAAAAAACUAGAUCCAGGUUGGAAUCCUCAGAUACCAGAGAAGAAAGGAAAAGAAGCAAAUACUGGUUUUGGUGGGCCAGUUAUUAGUUCUCUAUAUCAUGAAGAAACCAUCAGGGAAGAAGACAAAAAUAUAUUUGAUUACUGCAGGGAAAACAACAUUGACCAUAUAACCGAAGCCAUCAAAUCGAAAAAUGUGGAUGUGAAUGUGAAAGAUGAAGAGGGUAGGGCUCUACUUCACUGGGCCUGUGAUCGAGGACAUAAGGAACUAGUCACAGUCUUGCUACAACAUAGAGCUGACAUUAACUGUCAGGACAAUGAAGGCCAAACAGCUCUGCAUUAUGCCUCUGCCUGUGAGUUUCUGGAUAUUGUAGAGCUGCUGCUCCAGUCUGGUGCUGACCCCACUCUCCGAGACCAGGAUGGCUGCCUGCCAGAGGAGGUGACAGGCUGCAAAACAGUUUCUUUGGUGCUGCAGCAGCACACAACUGGCAAGGCUUAAUCAAAAGACUGGAAAACUGCAGUCUGUAAUAGCAUAAGGCUUCCAUUAUGAAAGAAAACUACAGAAAUUAUACUUCUUUUUCUGCCCGUCUUUGGUAUGUAUUGGCUAAUAAAAUCAGUUCUGUGGAACUGGGA